AGCCAAUAAAGGGCACAGAGGCUAACGUCGAGCUGAAAGAUGUGCGCAUAACUGAACACCUAAUGGAGGUGCGGGAGGUGUGCGCCCACCUUAAGACAGACGUGGAAAAUGGGUUAACUGAAAAAGAGGCGGCUUUCCGACUGGAGAGGGACGGACCCAAUGCGUUCACACCACCCAAACAGACCGCCUGGUGGAUACUGUACUUGCGUGAAAUGACCGGGGGUUUUGCCCUCCUGCUUUGGUUUGCUAGUAUAGCUAGUUUCAUAGCGUUUGGUCUCAACCACGAGCAACAAGAUAUGUAUUUAGGAAUCGUGCUGGUAUUAACAGUAGUUCUAACUGGUACAUUUUCAUACUACCAAGCCGCCAGCAGUAGCAAAGUGUUCAAAUCGUUUAAAAACAUGACACCACCGCAAACAACAGUCAUUCGUGAGGGUAAAAAACGGUUCAUACCGGCCGACCAGGUAGUGGUCGGCGAUCUACUAGUGGUCAAAUCGGGCGAUCGGGUGCCCGCAGACAUUCGCAUCGUUAAAGCCGAGUCAAUGAAAGUUGACAACUCGUCCCUAACGGGCGAAUCAGACCCGUUGUCCCGGAACCCAGACGUGGGCCACCAAUCAGCGCUCGAGGCGCGCAAUCUGGCCUUUUUCUCGACCAAUUGCGUGGACGGGUCGGGUGUAGGGAUAGCGGUGGCCACCGGCGACAGGACAGUGAUGGGAGAUAUUGCGAGACUAGUGUCGGGUAUUAAAAAUGAUAAGACACCCAUAGCGAAGGAGAUUGAUCGGUUUGUCAAAAUUAUCACCGUGAUCGCCGUGGGCUCGGGUGUGAUAUUUUUUGGCAUAUCUAUGGGGUUCGGGUCCACGUUCUUCGAGGCCUUCAUCUUCAUGAUCGGCAUUACCGUCGGUAAUGUGCCCGAAGGUCUACUGCCGGCGCUGACAGUGGCGCUAACACUAACCGCCAAACGUAUGGCAUCGAAAAAUUGCCUGGUCAAACACCUGGAAGCUGUCGAGACCCUGGGCUCUACCUCGACCAUAUGCACGGACAAAACCGGUACCCUAACGCAAAACCGUAUGACCGUGGAACAUUGUUGGCUGGGCUACGGUAUCAACCGGGUCAGUCACGACAGGGCCGAAGUGGAGCAACAAAUGCAGCCCCGAUUGGCCAACAAUUGGGCCGCGUAUAAGAGAUGUGCCAUUCUGUGCUCCCGGAGCGAGUUUUCCGACGAUAACCCGGACAUUAUGAAGCGGGUGUGCAAUGGGGACGCCUCGGAGACGGCGAUAUUACGGUUCAUGGAGUCAGUGGCCGGACCGGUGAUGGACUACCGGUCGCGCUACCCGAAAGUCGCGGAGAAACCCUUCAGCUCGACCUACAAAUACCAGUACUCUAUCCAUAGGAAUGCCCCGGGAAUUGACGGUAGCGUCGAUAUUAACGCCAAUGCGGUGCCGUUUCCGGACGACUCCGCGCAUACCGGGGCUGAGGGUAAGGCACACUUUUUUCUGGUCAUGAAGGGCGCUCCGGAGCGUAUUAUCAAGCUUUGUGGCCAACGCCUGGACAGUGAGGGCCAUACUGUGCCCAUCACUAGUGAUUUCAUAGAUACCGAGUUUGAGGAGACGUAUAGGGAGUUGGGAUCGAUGGGUGAGCGCGUGCUGGCCCUAUGCGACCACGAGUUCACUCAGUUUCCGGCCAAUCAUACGUUUAAUGUGGAGGAGGGCGAAGAGUUUGAGCUGGGUGGUUUCCGCUUUUUGGGUUUGGUGGCCAUGAUCGAUCCGCCCAGACCAACCGUACCGGACGCGGUGGCCAAAUGCCGAUCCGCGGGCAUAAAAGUGAUCAUGGUCACCGGCGACCACCCAAUCACGGCUCAGGCAAUCGCUAAAUCGGUGGGUAUAUUCUCAAACUCGCACCGCAAUUCCACAUCAAUAACGGCGCCCACCAUCGACCGAGUUGUGCGCAACACCCGGUCCAUAGUGGUGCCCGGCGACGAGCUGACCACCCUGUCCGACCCGGAGCUCCGGGAAAUACUGGGCGGUUUUGGUGAGAUUGUGUUCGCCCGGACGUCGCCCCAGCAAAAGCUCAGGAUAGUGGAGAACUGUCAGGCGCUCAACCAGAUCGUGGCGGUUACGGGCGACGGUGUGAACGACUCGCCUGCCCUGAAAAAGGCAGACAUAGGCAUAGCUAUGGGCAUAACAGGGUCCGAAGUGUCGAAACAAGCUGCGGAUAUGAUCUUGCUAGAUGACAAUUUUGCCACCAUCGUGGUGGGCGUGGAGGAGGGCCGGCGUAUAUUCGACAACAUGAAAAAGACCGUGUCCUACAUCAUAGCCGGCAGUGUUACCACGCUGUUCCCGUUUCUCAUCUACGUGAUUUUCGGUUUCCCGCAACCCAUCGGCACCAUUACUGUGCUGUUGAUCUGUUUGGGCACCGAUAUGGUGCCCGCGGUCGCCCUGGCUUACGAAAAAGCCGAGGCCGACAUCAUGAGUCUCCCGCCCCGGAACCCGAAAACUGAACGCCUAGUCACCGGCCAGUUGCUGAUGAGGGCCUACUUUCUGGUCGGUGCCAUCUGUACUGCCGCCGGAUUUUUUGGCUACUUUGUGGCGCUAAACUACGAGGGUCUAAAGCCUAAAAUGUUGUAUGGAUUGCGCCAGGACUGGGAGGACAAAAACAAAAACAUCUCGAUAUACGGCCCGAACGAUGACUGGUACAAUGGGCCGCCUACAAAACAAUGUAACAAAGAGUGUAGGGACAAAUUGUUAAUAAUAGCCCAGAGUAGUUAUUUCAUGGCGGUGGUGGUGGCCCAGUGGAUGGACGUGAUCGUUAACAAAACAAGGCGCACGUCUAUUUUUAAACACGGCAUGGGUAACUGGGUACUAAACUGGUCAAUAGUGUUUGAAACGGCGCUGGCCAUACUGUUUUGCUACACACCCGGCGUGAACACGGUAUUGCGUACGGCACCUGUGAUUGGCCAGGUAUGGGUCGCUGGACUGCCAUUCUUUGUCUACAUACUAGUGUUUGAAGAGUUACGAAAAUGGAUUGUACGCAAGUAUCCCAAGUCAUUCCUGGGCAUCGAGUUGUUGUCAUAAGUUGGUCACCAUUGUGUUCCCCC